UACCAAUUGAAUCGUGCGAGCGAGUGGAUGUUAAAGCGGAAAACAGUGCAAAGUGGAAACCGUUAAUCAAACAGAAACAGUCAACAUCGCGACUAGUUUUUUCCUACUAUUAUUGCAAUUAUAUUUAGCUAACAGUGACGUCGCAGUUUAUAGUGUAUGUGAAUAGUAUCUGUAAUUGUUGUUGUCAACUGAAAGUGUAAAUGAGAAACGUAUAAGAAAAAAUUAGAAAAAAACACAGGCAAGCACAGACACAAAAACAAGCACACACACAUUGCUGCUACGUACCUUUUUGGACAUCGUGUCGUGUGGAAGGCAGAAAGAGAGGAAGAGUGUAUGCACCAACAGCCCACAAGAUGUCCAACAAUUUGCAAACGGCCACACUUGAGGAAAUUCGCCAAGCGGCUGCCCGCAUUUGCCGUGACUAUCUAACCGGACGCUGGAAGGUGGUUACCCCAGAGCAGCUGGUAGUUAAGCGCAUCAGUGGUGGCCUCUCAAAUUUCUUGUAUUACGUAAGUCUGCCCGACUUGGAUGACUUUGAUGAACAGCAGCUGUUGGAGGUGGAGCAGCAGCAGCAACAGCAGCAGCCAGGAAAUGUCAACGUCAACCUUGGCAAACACGUCAUAGCCGCCUCGACAUUUGCUAAGAAUAGCAACAACAUCAGCAGCAGCAGCGGCAGUAAUGACAACAACAACGACAUCAAAGAUGUGGCGCCGGAGGUAACUAAAAAUUUGGCACAAUCUGUUAUUGUGGGCGUUGCCCCAACAAACAACAAAAGCGAUUCCUCAGCAACCGCCCACGCCGAUGAUGAAGAUGAUGAUGCGGCGUUGAGCGCUAAACAGACAAAUAAAAGACGACGCUUCGACAGCGACAGCGGCGAUUCGAGUUUGCUGCGACGUCUACAAAGUCCCAAGCAGGAACCCCGUGAGGUGCUGCUGCGCAUCUAUGGCCAAACUCAUGGCGAUCAUGCCUUGGAGACAAUGAUAACAGAGUCUGUGGUCUUCGCCCUGCUCAGCGAACGUAACUUUGGACCGAAGCUGCAUGGCAUAUUUCCCGGCGGACGCAUUGAGCAAUAUAUACCGGCACGCACUUUGGCGACCACAGAGCUGGGUGAUGCACGCAUUUCGAUGAAGAUCGCUGAGAAAAUGGGCGAAAUACAUAGCUUGAAUAUACCCAUGUCCAAGGAACCGGAUUGGAUUUGGAACUGCAUGGACCGUUGGCUGGCCAGUUUGGAUAGCAUUGUUAAGGGCAAAAUCGACUCGAAGCCCAAUUCGACAGUGUUGCAAAAGCAACGAGAACUAAUGCGCAGUAUUGACUAUGUGAAGGAGAUAGCCUGGCUAAGAUCGGUAAUAGAUGCCGGCGACUAUCCCGUUGUCUUUUGCCACAACGAUCUGCAGGAGGGCAAUAUACUGCUGAGGCAAUCAAACAAUGGACACGAGCGUACGCCCAGAGCAUCGAUAAGCAGUCUAAGAUCCAAUUUCGAUGAGACCCUGGGCGAAAGCCUGGAUGGCAACAGCAAUUUGGACGCGGAUGACACUAAGUCGCAUAGUGCGUCGCCUUGCCCGGAAUUGGACACCACAGAUGACUCUGCACUGGACUCCAGCUUUAUGUCCGAUCAUGAGCCGGAUCUCAUUAUCAUUGACUUUGAGUAUUGCGCCUACAAUUAUCGUGGCUUCGAUUUGGCCAAUCAUUUUAUCGAAUGGACAUUCGACUAUACCAAUCCGCAGUUCCCAUACUUUCACCACUACAAAUAUCAAUAUGCAAUGGAACAGCAGCGUCGUGAUUUUAUCGUCACUUAUCUGAAGAAAUAUCACGACGAUGAGCACUACGAGCCCAAUGUUGAGGAGCUUGAUUUAGUCGAUGCUGAAAUACGACUGUUCACAAUGCUCUCGCAUCUCUUCUGGAGCUUGUGGUCUGUGGUAAAUGUUACCUCAGCUAUUGAGUUUGGCUAUUGGGAAUAUGGCAUUGCGCGCAUACUGGAAUAUCAGCAGUUGAAGGCGGCCUAUUUGGCCAAAUGAAUUUAUGGCACUUGAGGAUUAACUUUAUGCAAAACCAUCAUCGCACUUAAUCGAAUCAUUAAGCGUACUUAAGUGGCCUUAAUAUUUAAACAAACACAAUAACUAAAACAAAUUACUAAAACAAAGAAAAAACAAACACGAAAAAAAGAAAAAUGUUUAGUCAGGAAUUACAUAUUUCCAGCUUAGUUAAUGCGAGCAUUGGUCGACUAGUUGACCAUAUACUACUAUACACUAUGAGCUAUAUGACUAGGAAUGAGCAGACUUUACUUGACCGUGGAUCUAUACUGAUAUACAUGAUUUGUGCUGUGCAUGGCAUGUUUAUAUAUAUUUUGUAUAUAAAUAUAUUUUUUAUGAUUUAAUGCCGAGAAGAAAAGUCAAAAUGUAACAAUUGCAGCUGUGAUUAUUACUGCGUGAGUUAGGCAGACAACAAUAAUUAUAUUCG